CGGCUCUUUUUGUGUGCUGCACCGCCAGGGGGCCUUCGCUGGUGUUCCCGGGAACCAUGGCCGGGUCCGGACUCUCUCCCAAAGCGCCCUUGCUGAAGCACCGCCGGACCACCCUCGAGCGGGCCGAGAAGUUCGUCUCCGAGGCCUAUUUCCUGGACUGCAACCUCCGGGGAAGGCUGUUUGGCGACACCUGCUCACUGGCCGCUCUCUCUUGCUUUGAAACCUCUCAGCGAAUCCCGUACGAGGAAGCCAUUCGGCAAGAGUUCAGACCCAUCAAAGUCGGGGAGGCUUUUGGUCUGACGUGGCAGACCUGCUGGUUCAAAGCCGAGCUCGGUAUCCCCGAAGAAUGGGCCGGAAUAGAGGUGCACCUUCGUUGGGAGAGCGAAGGAGAAGGAAUGGUUUGGAGGGACGGCCAGCCUGUUCAGGGCUUGACCACCGAAGGUGAGAAGACCAGCUACAUCCUCACCGAUAGUCUCACAGAGACAGAUCCUCACAGCUUGACGUUGUACGUGGAGGUGGCCUGCAAUGGUCUCUUUGGAGCCGGCAAGGAGAGCAUGAUCGCACCCCCGGAUCCGAACAAGACGUUCUCCUUGCGCAGAGCGGAGCUGGCGGUCUACAACAGGGAUGUCCACCAACUCCUGCUCGACUUGGAGAUCCUUCUUGACAUGGCCAAGCUGCUUGGGGAGGAGAACCAGCGGAGUUUCCAGGCCCUUUACGCAGCCAAUCGGAUGGUGAACCUUUGCGACGUGACCGACCCUUCGACCUUCCCUGCGGUGCACGAAGUGGCCUGCUCAGUCUUCAGGCAGAAGAAUGGGGAGAGCCAGCACACCGUCCACGCCAUGGGCCACUGCCACAUUGAUUCUGCCUGGCUGUGGCCUUACGAGGAGACGAUUCGUAAAUGCGCUCGCAGCUGGAUCACGGUUGUUCGGCUCAUGGAGAAAAACCCAGAGUUCACCUUUGUGUGCUCACAGGCCCAGCAGUUUGAAUGGGUGAAGACGUGGUAUCCUGGAUUGUAUGCUGAGAUUCAACAUUUUGCCAAAGAAGGGCGUUUCAUCCCUGUUGGAGGCACCUGGGUGGAAAUGGACGGGAACCUUCCAAGCGGGGAAUCCAUGGUGCGCCAGUUCCUGCAAGGACAGAGGUUCUUCCAGCAAGAGUUUGGCAAGACGUGCUUGGAGUUCUGGCUGCCGGACACCUUUGGCUACUCAGCACAACUGCCCCAAAUGAUGCGCGGGUCUGGGAUCUGCCGUUUCUUGACCCAGAAGCUCAGCUGGAACCUGGUGAACUCUUUCCCCCACAAUACCUUCCUUUGGGAAGGCCUUGACGGGUCUCAGGUGCUGGCUCACUUCCCGCCUGCAGAUUCCUACGGGCUGUCCGGUCGUGUGGAGGAGAUGUUAAAAACGGUGAGAAAUAACCGAGACAAGGGCCGUGUGAACCACAGCGCCGCCCUCUUUGGAUUUGGAGACGGCGGUGGCGGCCCAACGCAGGACAUGCUGGACCGGCUGCAAAGGAUGAAGGAUGUGGACGGCUUGCCCAGGGUGCAGAUGUCGUCCCCGGACCGGCUGUUCUCUUCUCUGGAGAAGGAGAAGGCCCAGCUCUGCACCUGGGUGGGAGAAUUGUUCUUGGAGCUCCAUAACGGCACAUAUACCACCCACGGGUAGAUCAAGAAGGGGAACCGGGAGUGUGAGCGCCUGCUCCGUGACGUGGAGGUUCUGGGCAGCCUUGCCCUCUCGAGGAAGAGUUCCUUCCGGUACCCUUCRGYAAAGYUUCAGCAUCUCUGGAGAUUGCUGCUCCUGAACCAGUUCCAUGAUGUUUUGCCGGGCAGUUGUAUCCAACUUGUAGCCGAGGAUGCCAUGAGAUACUAUGCAGAAAUCCGAAGCUCUGGAGCCGAGCUUCUGAAAGACGCAAUGCGGUCUUUGUUUGGAGACCAGUUGGGAAGCCAUGGAAAGGCCGGCGGAAGCGUCCUCGUGGUGAACACAUUGCCUUGGGAACGGACGGAAGUCGUUGCUAAAGCUGGAGCAGGAGGAGCAGAGACAUUAGCUCUAGUGACUGUUCCCAGCGUGGGUUACUGUGCCGUCCAGGAGUCCUUGUCCCCUUGCCAUCCAGUGACCGUGACCCAAGAGGUCGAUGGCUCAGUGGUCAUGGAGAAUGGCAUCGUCUGGGUUCGCCUGGAUACGAUGGGCCGCAUGACUUCAUUGCGUCUGAUGGAAGCUGAGAGAGAGUCCAUCCCCGAAGGUUCCUGCGCUAACCAGUUUGUGAUAUUUGAUGAUAUUCCUUUGUACUGGGAUGCUUGGGAUGUGAUGGACUAUCAUUUGGAGACUAGGAAACCCAUCACGCAUCUCCUGAAACCCUUGGAAAUGGCCUUGUCGGGUGGUCUGCGUGGCAGUGCCAAGUUCUCCUUGCAGAUCAACCAGAAGAGCAUCCUCACCCAGGAAGUCAUCUUGGACACGGCUUCCCCUUGCGUCCGCUUUCAGACUCAGGUUGCUUGGAACGAAGCCCACCAAUUCCUCAAGGUGGAAUUUCCAGUCGGGGUUCGCAGCCCCAAUGCUACGUACGAGAUCCAGUUUGGCCACCUCCAGAGGCCAACACAUUGGAACACCUCCUGGGACUGGGCCCGCUUUGAGGUGUGGAGCCACAAGUGGAUGGAUCUGUCUGAACAUGGCUUUGGGGUUGCACUGUUGAACGACUGCAAGUACGGUUGCUCGGUUCGGGGCAACGUGAUGAGCCUUUCCUUGUUAAGAGCGCCAAAGUCUCCGGACGCCUCUGCAGAUAUCGGUGACCACCAGUUUACUUACGCAGUGAUGCCGCACACAGGUUCCUUCCAGGAGGCCCAGGUGAUCCACCAGGCAUACAAUCUGAACUUCCCUCUCCACAUCCUGCCGAGCGUCUCUGCACAGGGCCCAGCCUGGAGUGCCUUCUCCGUGGAGUCCCCAGCCGUUGUUUUGGAGGCAAUCAAACAGGCUGAGGACAGAGCAGAUGCACUCGUCGUCCGCCUCUACGAAUCCCACGGCAGUACGGUCGUGACUUGGCUCCAAACGUGUCUUCCAAUCCAAGAGGCCAUCAUGUGCGACCUCCUUGAACGGCCCGAUCCUCGCCAUCGUUUUGCACGGGAGGGACGCGGCCUGCAGCUCUCCUUUACUCCCUUCCAAGUUCUUUCUGUUCUGCUGAUUUUAGAAAGGCAAAGCUGAAUCUGAUGCAGCAGAAAUGGUUCACCAUUUCCUCGGGAUCAGUUGGUUCAUUAAGACAAAAACUGAAUAUUUACAUACCCAAUCAGAGAUAUCACGGAGAUGGGCCCAGAGUCAAAACAGGAACUUAAUUUAUGGUUUCUUAUAUAUCUUUUUUUAAUGAUCUUUAUUUCAAGAAUUUUACAACCAACCACUUCCGGUAGUGGCGAAGAUGGCGAACGCAGCAGAUUUCUGAAAAACUUCCUCAAAGAUUGGAUAGGGGAAGACCAGGUGGGUUUCCUCCCGAACAGAGGGGCGAAGGAGAACAUAAGGAACAUCAUAAACUCAAUAGAAUAUUAUGAUCUGAAUAUCCAGAAAGAGGUGGCAUGGCUUUCUCUGGACGCAGAGAAAGCCUUUGACAACCUGAGCUGGUCAUUUCUCAAACAACUUAUGACAGAAUUAGAUAUGGGCUACUUUUUUAAAAAUGCUAUAGAAGCUAUAUACACAGACCAGUCGGCGAAAAUACAGAUCAACAAACAACGAUCAGGGAAAAUCUCGAUUACCAAAGGCACAAGGCAGGGGUGCCCGCUCUCGCCACUGCUUUUUAUUCUUGCCCUAGAAACCCUAUUAAGAGCAAUCAGAGAAGACAGGGAGGUCAUAGGUCUGAGAUUGGCAAACCAAGACCAUAAAAUAAGAGCUUUCGCCGACGAUCUAAUUUGUAUUGUGGAAGAUCCGAUUAAAAACAUAGGGAAGUGGCUAAAUAAACUUGAAGAAUUUAGAGAGGUAGCGGGAUUCAAACUGAACAAAAAUAAAACAAUGAUGCUAACGAAGAAUAUAAUAAAAAACAAAACAGGAAACGCUAAAGGAAAUGACGGGCUUUAAGAUCUGCUCUAAAAUCAAAUAUUUGGGCAUCUGGUUAACGGCAAAAAACGCCCAGCUCUACAAAAACAACUAUGAAACAACAUGGGCAAAAGUGAAGAAAGACCUAGAGAAAUGGAGAUAUUUAAAUCUCUCAAUAUUAGGCAAAAUCUCUCUCAUAAAAAUGAACAUCUUACCCAGGUUCUUAUACCUGUUCCAGAAUUUACCCAUAAUAAUGAACACACGAGUCUUUGAUCAGUGGAAUAAGGAAAUAAACAAAUUCAUAUGGAACGGGAAAAGACCGAGAAUAAAAUAUAAGAUCAUGAUAGACAGAAAAGAAAGAGGGGGACUGGGGUUACCGAACCUGAGGCUUUACUUCGAAGCCUGUGCACUAGUAUGGUUAAAAGAGUGGGCACUAUUGAGAAAUGAAAAAACCCUAGGUUUGGAAGGAUACAACCUGAAGGUAGGUUGGCAUACCUAUAUGUGGUAUGGGGAAACAGGCACAGAAAAGAACUUCGGCAAC